AAUCGGAGCAGUUAUAACCGUCAGGAGCCGCCACAGCCCACCGUGUCUGAGGAGUAAAACGUGUAUGCUUCUUGUCAACAAACGGAAUAAACUAUCGCAUCAACAUGGAUUUGGAUUCCAUGAAAUAUGCAGAAUUACGAAGCCUCGCCAAGGAUCUCGGACUUAAAGCCAAUAUGAAGGCUGAUAAACUCCUGAAAGCAAUCAAGCAGCAUUAUGAACAAGAAAAGAUGGAGGGGGGAGAGCAGGGAAAUGAGAAGGAUGCUGAUGUUGUGCAAGAAGAUGAAAAUGUGGCACAAGACAGUGCUCAGGGAGGUGAAGAUGCAACUUGCAAGACGGAUGAUUCCAGCACCUCUGUGUUUGUGAACACACGUCGAGGGAAAGGAAAUAGGACCAAGAGAAAGAUCUCUGAUACUGCAACAGUGACUGAAUGUGAUGAGUUACCACCUAGUGCAGAAGAGGGUGAGGCUGAAGUCACUGCAUCUAGUCCAACCUGCGGUGCCAGGGGUGCUAAAAAGAGACGAGUGUCCCCUGCCAGGGACUCUGAAAAAAUGGACUCCGAGCUUCCUACAGAGCCACCAGCCUCCAGCAGUGAGGAGCAGCCUGGUAACAAAGAUGAAGCACCUGUGCAUUGUGAUACAGGAAAUGCACCAAAAGUUGCCAAAGCUGGUAAAAUCCCCCGCUAUGAACGGCUCCAGAAGAAGAAGAAGGCUUUGUUGAAGCCAGUCACUCCUAACUUCAAAAAACUCCACGAGGCACAUUUUAACAAGAUGGAGUCCAUUGACUCAUAUGUCCAUCGGAAGACCAAGCAGAUGGAGACUUACAGAAAUUCAGCUAAAGAACUAAAGAUGCCGUCAGACAAAAUGAAACUGCAGCAAGUUGAUGGCAAAACUCAAGCAAAGGCAAAUGCGAGUCGUGCUUCCAUGUUCAGCCCUGUCACGGUGAAUAAGAGACCAGCUGAGGACAAACACAGAGUCACUUUGCACUCAGCAAGUAAAGCUCCCCCAAAUAAACCGGCUGGGAAGAAAGAUGCUCCAUUCAGACCGUCUGUCCUUUCCACUCGCAGGAUCAAUGUUCGGUUCUCUGAAGCCACUCAAGACAAUGAGCAUAAGAAGUCCUUGGUGAAAACGCCGGCACGCAUGUCACUCAGUGUGACCUCGAGUACCCCACAAAAACAGACCGGAGAUGGAGGAAAGCCCAACGAUGUCAAGACUUUCUCUGCUACAAAGACUCCAAGGCCUUUCGUUUUCACUGGCAACACAAGCACUAUAACAACCCCUGGAACCCAAAAGAAGUCUAACUUUGAUCUGAAGGCGAGUCUGUCUCGUCCCCUGACCUACAAGCCUCAUACAGGUAAACUGAAGCCGUUUGGAGAGGUCAAAGAAAACGCAGCAGGAAACAAGUCGCUGAUCUCAGACUCGCAUCAGAAAAAUUACAAACAGCACAAAGUCCAGACAAGGGAGGAAAGAAGAGCAAAUCACACUGAGGACCGGAAGCAGAAGAAAGCGAAUAUGCUUGGUGCAAGAAGAGGCCUCGUCAUGAUGUAGAAAUAUUGCGCUUGUUUGUAGACGUCUGUACAGCUUGUUGUUCCACUGUAAAUAUUUUAUUGUCUGCAGUUGACACAUUCAUUUCUGCAAUUUCUUUUUUUCUCUCCGGUUAGGAAAGUGUACAAGCUCACUUUUAUUGCCUCUAUCCAGCCUACUGUGCAUGUUGUUUUUAGAUUUUACUUGUGCAUUCGUUAAAACAUUUUUUUAGCUCUGAAUGAUGCAUUCGUGUACUUUGAUGUGUAGAGAAUCGAUGUCCUGUUUUGCUGCAUUGGGAAUUUGUAAUUUUGUUCUUAAAAAGUUGAUGUGCUGUUUUUACUUUUUCGGGGGAAGACAUAUAAAAAAACAUUGAUGCAAAAGA